UACCCCGCGCGCCCCUGCGGUCCUUCCGAGCAGUGCCCGGGUCCUCGCCUGGGGCAGGGAACCGGCGGCGGUGUGCGUCCGCUCGGCGAAGCCUCCUGCGUCGGGGGCGGCUCGCGUCGUGCACCGAGUUUGAAGGUCCCAGGUCUCCCGCGCUCUCCGCUCCCUCAGCACCCCCGGACCCACCAGCCAGCUCUGCCUCUUUCUCGCGGUGAAAUACUGGGCGAGUUACUUCGUCUCCCCUUGCCUUAGCUUCCUCAUGGUUGAAAAGGGCUAGUUUCUCCCCAAUGAUGUUCUUUUGAGAAUUAAGUGAGAUUAUAUAUGAAAAGCUGAAAAACAAUGCCUAGAACGUAGUGAAACGGUGGGUGUUACCACCAAUUGUGUUAUAAAACUCCGGCACCUUGACGUUUGGAAGCAUCUAGGAGCCCGGGAUGGGGCCAGAGCUCCAGCUGCAGCGCCGCUCUCCCUUCACGGAUCACUGAUGUGGGGCUGUGCCUGGACUCCGGGACUCUUGAGACACUUGUUCAGGAAGGAGAGUUAUGUUCGCUGAUCAUGGGAAGGUCCUCUGUGGUUUAUCCCUGACAGAGAAACGAUCGUGAUCACGGCUUUGCAGAGUGCCUGCGGUGUGUGUUGCCUUCCGAGAAUUCUGCCUUUCCCCUGAAGAAAGGGGAGGAAAAUGACCAAAUUCCAGGUAUUUUCUUUUCUUCCUUCUUGCCCCUGCCCCGGCAUUUUUGGUGUGACUGUGGAAGGGGAAGAGGAGAAACUACUAAAAAGAGUUGCUCAGGAGGCAGUGACGUUCACGGACGUGGCUGUGGUCUUCAGCGAGGAGGAGCUGGGGCUGCUGGACGUCCCCCAGAGGCAGCUGUACCGAGACGUGAUGCUGGAGAACUUCCGGAACCUGGUCUCUGUGGGACAUCAGUCCUCCAAACCAGAUAUGAUAUCCCAGUUGGAGAGAGAGGAAAAGCUUUGGAUGAAGGAGAUCGAAACUCAAAGAAUAUGGUGGGACAGGAAUCACAGUGAGAUGGAAACUCUUCAUGAAGCAGAAGUGAGGAGCCUUUCACUGGGAGAGCUUUCAUGCUGGCAAAUCAGGAGACAUGUUGGAAGGAAAUUAACCAAAAGUCAAGACUCUGCGAUAAAUGUUCAAGGAAGGAAUUCUCAGUUCCCCAAACGACAUGACUCCCCCUGUCAGGUGGACACAGGGGUAUGCUUUCAGGCUUCAGAAGAGGACAACUGUAUAAUGAACCUUAUAGAGGAGCAUUCCAGUAUUAUUGAAAAUCAAGAAUUUCCAAAUGGGAGAGCUCAGAAUUCUUGGAAUAAAAGAUACGUUAAUGAGGCACAGAAUUCUCAGAGAAGUUGUAAGCAGACCCAGAUGAAAAACAAAUUAUGUAUAUUUUCUCCAUAUGUUGACAUUUUCAGUUGUCUUUCACACCAUGAUAACGAUACAGUGCACCAGAGAGAGAAAGCUCACAGCUACAGGGACUGUGGUGGAGACAUCGUAAGGAUACCACCUCUUACCCAGCACAGUAUAAUUCACGUAGGACAGAAAACCUACCAUUGUAACAAGUGUGAGAAGGUGUUCAGUGAUAGCUCGAGUCUUGAACUUCAUCAGCAGGUACACUUGGGAAAGAAGUCCCUUACAUACGGUACAGAUAAGAAGAAUGCCAGUUAUAGCUCAGCUGGUCAACAGAGUGGCCGCACAGGAACAAAACGCUAUUGGUGUCAAGAAUGUGGGAAGGGCUUCAGUCAGAGCUCAAACCUGCAGACUCACCAGAGAGUCCACACAGGAGAGAAACCCUAUUCAUGCCAUGAGUGUGGUAAGAGCUUUAAUCAGACCUCACAUCUUUAUGCUCAUCUGCCUAUUCACACAGGAGAAAAACCCUACAGGUGUGAAAGUUGUGGAAAGGGCUUUAGUCGUAGCACAGAUCUUAAUAUUCAUUGCCGGGUUCACACCGGAGAGAAACCUUAUAAAUGUGAGGUGUGUGGGAAGGGCUUCACGCAGAGAUCACAUCUUCAGGCCCAUGAAAGAAUCCACACUGGAGAGAAACCGUAUAAAUGUGGGGAUUGUGGUAAACGCUUUAGUUGUAGUUCAAAUCUUCAUACCCAUCAGAGAGUCCACACCGAGGAGAAACCAUACAAAUGUGAUGAGUGUGGGAAGUGCUUCAGUUUGAGCUUUAAUCUUCAUAGUCAUCAACGAGUCCACACAGGAGAGAAACCGUAUAAAUGUGAAGAGUGUGGGAAGGGUUUUAGUUCAGCCUCCAGUUUCCAGAGCCAUCAGAGGGUUCACACAGGAGAGAAACCAUUUCGAUGCAGUGUGUGUGGAAAAGGCUUCAGUCAGAGUUCGUAUUUUCAAGCCCAUCAGAGAGUCCACACUGGGGAAAAGCCAUACAAAUGUGAGGUUUGUGGGAAGCGCUUUAAUUGGAGCUUGAAUCUUCAUAAUCAUCAGAGAGUCCACACAGGAGAAAAACCAUAUAAAUGUGAGGAGUGUGGAAAGGGCUUCAGUCAGGCCUCAAAUCUUCAAGCUCAUCAGAGUGUCCACACUGGGGAAAAACCAUUCAAAUGCGAGGCAUGUCAGAAGCGAUUCAGUCAGGCCUCACACCUUCAAGCCCAUCAGAGAGUCCACACUGGAGAGAAACCAUAUAAAUGUGAUACGUGCGGUAAGGCCUUCAGCCAGAGGUCAAAUCUUCAAGUCCAUCAGAUAAUUCACACCGGAGAGAAGCCAUUUAAAUGUGAGGAGUGUGGGAAAGAAUUCAGCUGGAGUGCUGGGCUCAGUGCCCAUCAGAGGGUCCACACAGGAGAGAAGCCGUAUAUGUGUCAGCAGUGUGGGAAGGGCUUCAGUCAGGCCUCACAUUUUCACACACAUCAGAGGGUCCACACUGGAGAAAGGCCAUAUAUAUGUGAUGUCUGUUGUAAGGGCUUCAGCCAGAGAUCACAUCUUGUGUACCAUCAGAGAGUCCACGCUGGCGGGAAUCUAUAGAGGUGGGAGAUGUGGAAUAGCCACCUCUUCAUCUCUAUGCGCAAGUCCAUGCUGCUGAUUGUGGAAGUUCCUUCAGAACUCAGAACCUUCGAAGAAUCUUCAGGGGAAAGAAGUGCUAUAAAGUGUUCUGUUUUAAGAACUCAGUUGGGAGAUGAAUUUUUUCAAACAUCAGAUUUCACAGAUGAGAGGAAAACCUGUUCUAUAAAUAUGGUCAGUGUUUGUACCAGAGCUCUGAAUGUCCCGAAGCAAGAUGCAACACAACGGAACCCUAGAAUUCCUCAGAGUCUAGCCAGGAGAGAGGCCUUAUAACUGAAGGUUAGGGGUAGGACCUUAACCAAAGUAUAAUGCUGGACAAACAACAUUGAUACCAGCUGCAUGUAACUUCUACACAGGGAGGGGUGUUUCUUUUCUUACCACUGUCUCUACCAUGUGGAAGUGUGCCUGACUGAGCAAAGAGAAAAAUCCCUGUAAUUUGGACAAAUAUUUGAAAACUAGUCCCAUACCCUAAAUUCAUAACAUGCUCAAAAGGAGUCAUGCAAGUAGCCUUAAUAAAAUUUCAGGAAAUAUUAGUUGAAGUAUAAAAAAAUCAUGUAAUGCUGUCAUCCACAAUCAUGCAAAUUUUGGCGAGACAUGUGUGUGUGUGGCCCCCAUCCUCCGUCCGGCCUGUUCUUUAUAGUGUCAACCAUUGUGUACAGUAUAACAUUUAGUAUCAGUCUGUAUUUUAUAGACAAAAAUACUGUUUUAUUGGUCUUAUAACAUGAUACUGCAACUUAUAUAAUGGGAAGUUUUGAACCCUGGUUAUUAAGUAGGGUUUUCUUAUAACUCUUUGAAAGUGUUAAGAGUAGUUAUUGAUGACAAAAGGUUACUUAGUAAACUUGAAUUGUUAAUAAUUGGUUUCUUCUCAUUUUUUGCAUUCAGACUCAGGCCAGAUUGCCUUCUCUUAGUCCUUCCUCUGUCUAGACCUCUUUACAAGUCAUUAGUUUUAUCAUAUUCCACCCCUGUUCUUACCUCCUAAAAUGUGGGGUGGUAGACAAGAAACCUAAUUUUGAUUGAAAGUUCAUUAAAUGUAACAAUGGAGACAGGUUGCUCCUUACACAACCUUUUGUGUUCCAUACCUCUUUGUAGGAGUGGACAUCAGCUAGUCACGUCAAUAUGUAUCAAUAUAGCCUUUGACGUGGCAGUUCUAGCCCUGGAGUUCUGCUUUGGAGAUCAUAGCAAGAGUGGAAAGGAUUGUAUGCAAGGAGGUUUAUACUGUAUUUUUUUAAAA